GGGAACGGCGGGAGGGGGAAAGAGAAGAUGGCGGAGGCCUCGGCAGCGGCCGCCGUGUCCCAGCAUCGGUUCUUCUGCCACAGCUGCAAGGGGGAGGUCAGCCCCAAGCUGCCGGAGUACAUUUGCCCCAGAUGUGAAUCUGGCUUUAUUGAAGAAGUGACAGAUGAUUCCAGUUUUCUAGAUGGUAGUGGCAGUGGAAUAGACGACAGUCCAUCCACACAGUUUUCAGAGCUUUGGGACCACUUGGACCACACAAUGUUAUUCCCAGACUUCAGACCGUUUCUGAGCAGCAGCUCGCUGGAUCAAGACAGCCGAGACAACGAAAGGGGCCAUCAAGCACAUGCGGAUCUCUGGGGACCAAGCAGACCCCCGCGGCUGCCCAUGACACGGAGGUACAGAUCCCGGGGCAGCUCACGUCCAGACAGGUCUCCUGCUAUUGAAGGAAUAAUACAGCAGAUCUUUGCAGGGUUUUUUGCAAACUCAGCAAUCCCAGGCUCACAGCACCCUUUUUCCUGGAGUGGAAUGCUGCACUCCAAUCCAGGCGACUAUGCAUGGGGACAGAGCGGCCUUGAUGCUAUUGUGACCCAGCUUUUAGGACAGUUGGAAAACACAGGACCGCCCCCAGCUGACAAAGAGAAGAUCACCUCUCUUCCAACGGUGACAGUAACUCAGGAACAAGUCGUGUGUUUGCAGACGUGUGUGACUCACAAAGUUGCAGUCGGAUUCUUUUCCCCCUAUAAGCUAAUGUGUUCCCUGAAACUAAAAUUGUUUGAAGACGCACUGUUUCAUUUACCCAAAAAAAAAAAAAAAAAAAUCUGUUUCCAUGGUAUCUGUUUUUGUCUGGAUCUUUUUAUACGCACAAGUUUUAGUCUCAUUUAUGGAGACUGAAGAGGAGCGUGUAUCUCCAUAUUCUAAUAUCUCAUGCAAAGCAACAGCAGAGUCUGCCCCGUGUCUGUGAGCUAGCUGAGCAUCUGUUGUGCUACCUGGCAACUGAGUCGGGAAUUAAUGUGGCAGGUUCAGUGUCUCUGCUGGCAAAGGACGCAAGCUAGGAAAUGUGUUUGGUGCUGGAGUUGCAGUGUCAGUGCUAGUGGUGACAGGAGAGCAGCUCUCAGUGUUCAAACUGGGAUUGCUAUGUAGCCAACGUGCUCCUUUCCUGGGGAGGACGAAUCACUAAUCCUAAUUCCAUAGCAGCAUUGCAAAAUUAACAUAAGAACAGCCAUAACUGGGUCAGAUCAAUGGUCCAUCUAGCCCAUAUCCUGUCUUCUAACAGUGGUCAAUGCCAAGUGCUUCAGAGGGAAUGAACAGAACAGGUAAUUGUGAGUGAUCCAUCCCCGUCAUCCACUCUCCGCUUUUGGCAGAGACUAGGGACGCUCAGAGCAUGGAGUUGCAUCCCUGACCAUCUUGGCUAAUAGCCAUUGAUGGACCUAUCCUCCAUGAACUUACCUCGUUCUUUUUUGAACUCUGUUAUAGUUUCGGCCUUCACAACAUCCCCUGGCAAUGAAUUCCACAGGUUGACUGUGUGUUGGGUGAAGAAGUACUUUCUUAUGUUUGUUUUGAUUUCAUUGGGUGACCCCUAGUUCUUGUGUUGGUGUUGUUGGCACUGUCCUACGCGAGUGAGUUUGUUAAUAGACAAGUAAAAUGCCCUUAGUUUGAUUUUCAUUAUCGGUCAUCUUUUGUGCCAGCCUGGUAAAUGUUAGCGUCCACUAUAGGCUGUAUAGUCCCCAAGGCCCUAUAUUGGAAGGUCUUUAAUAGCACUUUGCAGAGCAUUAACUAUGUAAAAAAGUCCAUUGUGGCCCCAACAUCAAAUAUAAAGCGGACUGUAAGCCAUUAAAGUAGCUGAAUGUUCUCCCUUCCCAUGUAUGUAUUGGAGUCCAGCCAUCAGGAAACAGUAACUAUAAAAACAAAAAGUUAUAAUAAAAAUAAAAUUUGAAAAUGGACUCGCCAAGGCCAUAAAAACGUCAAUAAAAUAAUGGCAAAGGCAUUUUAGAAAUGAGAAAUUUACUGCCCUAGGGCUCGAUCCUACAAACACUGUGUAACUUCACUCCUGCGAGUAAUCCCAUUGACAGAACUAGAAACCACCAUCCAGCUCAGACCCUCCUUCCCUAGUUCUAAACUCCUCCUCCCCGUCUAUAGGACCUUUCCUGUGCUGAAUCGCCCCCACCCACAUUUAUUCUCUGUUUAUCAGUGCGGGGUGUCCAGUAUCUGUUCUCAAUUACUGUCGGUCGCCCUUCAGCACUGGGUAGGGCACUCUGGAUAAAAUAUAUCUGCUUAUUGUGCCAUGCACGGGCGACCUAAACAAAAAAACAAUCCAUACUCCAUCAUUUCCUCACGUCU